AUGCAGUCGUCGAAAUCAUUCGCGAAUAUUUUACUGUUUGUAGUUUGUGUGUCAGUUGUAAAGUUUUCGUCAACAAGCCGAGUCGACGUCGAAAAUAAUACAAGAUGGUUAAAGAAUAGUUCAGUUGAAGAAAUUGGAGAGAAACAGUACCACGAAACAAACAAGAAAGCAAAAUUUCGGGGGUUUGAGGAAACAGAACCGUUGAACCUCGAACGUGGCAAGGAAGGAUUACACUCAAACCCUGUUCAUGUUGCACCAAAGCAACACGACAUUGGCGAAGGAAUUGAAUCAAAAGGCACGAAUAAUCCAUUUUCAAAAACAUCAGAACCAAACAAUCCGGAAAGACAAAAACAGAAAAUUUCAACCAGCAAAAGAGACGCCAAACAAACGAGCUUACAGUCUGACAUAUUAGAUCGAAAGUUAUCGGCCAAAGACGAAGUGGACCGCCCCUAUGAAUCUUCAAACCCAAGAAAACGGAUGAACAAGAAAAUGCCAUCCAUUCAUCGUGUUGCAAAACGAAACGUGAAUACAAGCGAACCAACGCAACCAAUUGCAACCCCAACAAGUAAUCCACCCGCGUCUUCAAGUUCUUCAUGUAAUAUUCCACCUGUGUGUAGCGGGCAACAGUCUUGCCGUGAUCGAUGUACGGGUGAUAUAACGAAAUGGCGAACUGAUGAAAAUUUAGCGUGCUACUGUGAUACGGCUUGUUAUGAAGUAUUUAAUGACUGUUGUUCCGAUUUUGCGAAAUUCUGUGGCGUGCAAAACCCGAGAAAUAUUUCUAUUAAAAAAUACAAGUGGACUUGUGAACCAUUGGGUAAUGUUCCAUCGAAUCCACCUCAUUGCGAAAUCGGCGAAGGGCUGUGGAUGGUAUCGCGAUGCGCCGACGAUUGGCCUCACAACGAAGUCCGAAAUAAGUGCGAGAACCCUACGAAAUCUCUCCGACAGUCCUCCAAUAUCCGUCGCUAUAUUCCGGCAGUGAGCGGUAAUUUUACAUUUCGGAAUUAUUUCUGCGCGAAAUGUAACCACAUCGCUGGGAAUCUUGAUUAUUUCCCUGUAGAAAUUAAAACGAAUGUAAUCCCACCUGAACAUUAUAAUUUCAGUCGAAAAGUGAACUUUUUGUUGUCAAAUGGUGCAGAGUUUCCAGAAGACGGACCGGCUCGGCCAAAAUCUUCUCAAACGAGGCGAUAUUGUCGAAAGUCGAUGGUUGAUUCUUUUCCAACUUCAGAAUCUUCAGAAAGUAAUACAGUUUCAGAAUCUUGUGAAAACGGCCCACUUGCCCUGAUGUUAGGGUUUGCUUCAUGUGAUGACCCUAACCAACUAUAUACAUGUUUCCCAUCUUUGUUCCUACUUACAUGUCGACUCACUCCACCACAAAAGUUUUUGUUAAAAUUGGACUACAAAGACACAUACAACGAAGAGCAUUCGGUAUUUACGGUCCUAAGCACCUUUUGUGGAAGCAAUGGAUUAACGUACGAUGAUAAGUUACAAGAGUGUGCUGAAAAUCUCCCUUCCCCGGAUGGAAAAGAGGACAAGUUCCGUAUACUGGCCUGGUUUGCUCCGUCUAAGAAUUUUCAAUUCACUGAAAACGAUUUUAAAACUGUUAUGAAACAAUAUUUCGGUGUUAAAGACUCACAGAUGUCCAAUACUAGCAUCGAGACAGUUCCUAGGUUAGACUCUUCUCCCGACUCUAUAAUUUUGUACCAUUUGGUCAGUUUUACGCUUCUCUUAAGCCCGGAACAAAGUAUUGAUGUUUUAUUUAAAAGUAAUUCCAACCUCUCGGGUGUAAGCCUUGGAAGGUUUAUUCAUUUUAAGGAGCCUCUCAGCGUCAGCUUAAAUAACAUUACGUACAGCAUAAUAAAAACAACUGCUCGGCCGCUUUCGUGCAUCACACGAAAAAUUAUUACCCCACAAAAUUACAAAGUUUUCGCCGACGGCAAACGUAUUUACAUUAUUAACAUGACCAUUGAUAAAGCGUUUUACGAGAAAUCCAAAUAUUUUGGAGAAAUUGAUAGAAACAUUACGAUAUGCGAAAGGCGCACUCCAGUUGAUUGCAAGACUACCUCCACGGGACUAACCAAAAAUGAUUUUGUUAUUAACACGGACUUAAGUUUGUAUCAUAAAGAAACUGAGAAGUUCUACCAGCUAGGACAGUAUAACGUACUUGAUAAAACAGUUAGGUUGUGUAUUUCAAAUAAGACUGACUUCCCAACUGCCCCAACAUGUUCACGCAAGCAUUCGUGUAAAGGGCGUUGUAGCAAGCACACAGAAUGGCGAACCGACAAUCAAGUGUUCUGCUCAUGCGACCCUGAUUGUUAUGAAUCGUUCCAUGACUGUUGUACGGAUUACACCAAGUACUGUGGUGCUCAGAAACCAACAGAAACACUGACCAAGAAAUAUUACUAUACAUGUAAGAAUCUUGAACGCCUGUCUUGUUGGCUGAAUGCAGAUCUAGAUGUUUGGAUGGUCACACGUUGUCGGCCCAAGUGGCCUUACGACACUUUCCGAACCAAAUGCACGCGGCCAGCAUUCGAUUUUAUGAUAUCUUCCUCAGAAAUUUAUGGUUAUCUUCCAGUGGUUGGUCGUGAUAACAUCACAUUCCGUAACAUGUAUUGCGCAAUUUGUAACGGUGUUACGAAAUUCGAAACCUGGCUUCUUCAUGUUGAAACGGCCGUCAUCCCCCCAAACAAUUUUAACUUCACAGAGAAGAUUCGUUUCCUGCAGCUGUCUCAUGAGGCAAAAAUCAGUCAAACUGCACGUCCCAGGACGAAUCAGGCCAAACGACUGUGCCCGUCAUUCUUGCAAUACAAAGAUGUUAUCGAUUCUUGCCCUCUAGGUGAAAACUUUGAGUCCUGCACUAAUGGUGAUGUAGCAAUAAUUUCAACUUACGAUAAAGGGCAUUUUAAGAAUAUGCACUGUGCAGCUUGUCAUGGUGUACCAAGCGAGCGUUUUUUAUGUUUUCUCUCUGCACAGUCUAGGAGUUGCAAGGGUAUGGGAAAUUCAAUAUUAUUCCCUUCUUCAUUCUUCCUAGUUUUAGGCUACAGUCAAGAGAUUGGAACAGAAAUCAAGACAGCCUAUGUAAAUCAUAUACAAUGCCGCGAAAGUGAAAUGAUUUUUGACGAUAUUUUGGAAGUUUGUCGAGUAAAUUGGUUAUCGCCACCUGAACAAAACGCACAGGAACGAUUCUACGUUUACGCUUGGCUUAAACCACCACAAAAUUCUCGAACUAAUCAGUCUCUUGCACCUACCGAAUUCCAAGGUUCCCUAGCAAAAUAUUUGAAUGUUUCCCACCUCCAAAUAUUUGAUAUUAACAUCGCCGAUAUAAGUCGUUCAAUAGCUCCGUGGAGAGGACCAAACAAAUUAUUGUUUUAUCUAGUCUCUUCGACCAUCGCUUUAACUCCACAGCAAAGUUUGGAACUUUUAUCCAUCAAUCGAAGUGAUAGCACCACAUCUUUUGAAACAAAACUUCUGAAAUAUCUUUACUUUUCAGAAUCAUUCACCCUGCAUAUUAAAGGCAUUCGCUACAUUGUAAUUAAAACAACAUCGCGCCCGCUUGCGUGUGUCGGACAAACGACUUAUACACCAGAGGAAUACACUUUACAGCACCAAGAACGAGUGUUUGUACCAAGUACUAAUAAAACGUACGAAAAAUUUGAAUAUUACAGGGAAAACCCGGAAAAACUUGAUGUGAAACGAGGAAAUAUAACCGUGUGUGAAAAGUACAUCCCAGCAAAAUGUAAUAGGUCAUUAGUUCAUUACACAACUGAGGAAUAUAUAGUUAUGAUCAACCUAAGUAUUUAUAUCAACAAAACUACAAGCUUGUACAAUUACGGAGAGUAUGAAAUCCUAUCUAACCAAUCCAUUGCAAUAUGUCAGGAGUUCAAAGAACGUGUCAUUCACGAAACUCGUUCACCUCAAACAAUCCGUGACAAUGAAGUACUCGGUUAUAUAACGUUCAUUUCAUUUCUACUUUCUAUAUUGUUCCUGAUAUUUCUACUGGUGACCUACAUCCUUUUCCCCCAGCUUCAAACACUACCUGGAAAGAACCUCAUGAAUUUCGCUGCGAGUUUGUUACUUUUCCAGAUAUUCUGGCUACCAUCCGGUUCAACCAAAAUUCGAUCCAACAAACCAACAUGCAUGGCAAUGCCAAUGGCUAUUAUGGAACAUUAUUUCUUAAUGUCUUCAUUCGUUAGCAUGAGUGUGAUCGCGUUUCAUACGUGUAAAGUCUUUGCAAGAAGUUCACGUGUCCCCAAAAUCCCGCAGAAUCAUGAAAGAAAGCUGUUUUGUGUGUAUCUAGCUUUGGUGUGGUUACUACCCGGAAUUUUCGUUGCAAUUUGUGUUGUAUUGGACAACCAAAAUGUUGUAAAACUCGGCUAUGGAGAAUCAGAAAUUUGCUGGUUAACGGAGAACAAUGCUUACGUAUACUUCGUUACCAUCCCAAUUGCAGUGCUAUUGUUGUUCAAUAUCAUUGCGUUCGUUAUUACUGCCGUAUAUCUUCGAAAACACAGUCAAAACACAGCAGCGAAGCAAGCCAGUGGCAACAGACGAUCAAAUCUCUCAAUAUACGCAAAGCUAUCCACUCUAAUGGGAUUUACAUGGUUAUUUGGUCUCCUGGCUCUCGUCGUAACAUCCACAACCGUAUUUUGGUAUUUCUUUGUGAUUUUUACGUCGUUACAAGGCGUAUUUGUUGCAAUGGCGUUUGUUGUGAAUGCCAAAACAUUCGGUUUGUAUAAACAAAGAUAUGCAAGCGGCUCGAAUACACCUGAGGUUGAUCCUAAGAGAAGAAAUGCUUCAACGAAUAUCUGCCAAGACACUAAACUGUGA